CAACCGAAGAGGAACUGACCGCCCGGGAACGCGGAGCUCCGUGGGUUUGCACUGCGUUAGCCCGAGCCACGCCUCUUCUGUCGGAUACAAACACUCCACAGCGACGCGGCGGACCGGGGGGAAACACUAUGGCCACGUUAGGACCGGAGGCGGCUCGUCCUCCGCUCUCCCAGCUCGGCUCUCCGUCGAUCCAGAACCUGCCCCCGAACCGGGGCUUGGAGCGCGCGCUGGAGGAGGCGGCGGCCAGCGGCGUCCUGAACCUGAGCAGCCGAAAACUGAAGGAGUUCCCCCGGACUGCUGCCAACCACGACCUGACCGACACGGUGGAGGCAGAUCUGUCAAAGAACAGACUGACCGACGUCCCUUCGGAGAUUUGCCAGCUGGUUGCCUUGGAGACCCUAAACCUGUAUCACAACUGCAUCAGGACCAUCCCCGACAGCAUCAUCAGCCUGCAGUCACUCACCUCCUUAAACCUCAGUCGUAACCAGCUGGGCGCUCUGCCGGCCUGUCUGUGUGGUUUACCUCUGAGAGUCCUCAACGCCAGCAACAACAAGCUGGUCAGUCUGCCGGAGACCAUCGGACAGCUGCACAACCUCAUGGAGCUGGACAUCAGCUGUAAUGAGAUCACGGCUCUGCCUCGACACAUCAGCAGACUCCGAGCGCUGCGGGAACUCAAUGUCCGACGGAACCUGCUCUGUGUUCUACCUGAAGAUCUGUCUGAACUUCCUCUGGUGAAGUUCGAUUUCUCCUGUAAUAAAGUAUCCACCAUCCCAGUGUGUUACCGGAAGAUGAAGCAUCUCCAGUCACUACAGUUAGAGAACAACCCACUACAGAGCCCACCUGCACAGAUCUGUAUAAAGGGGAAAGUCCACAUAUUCAAGUACCUGAGUAUCGAGGCGUGUCGCAGUGACAAGAUGCCCGACUCUCUUUACCUGCCCGUCGUGGAGCGUCUCAGCCUAUCGCGACCCACCACCGGAAGUGUGGAGGACAUGGAACAGCAGAAGAAGCAGGACAGUGAUUCAGGAGUCGGAAGUGACAACGGAGACAAGAGGCUGUCAGCGACUGAGCCGUCAGAUGAAGACAGUCUGAGUCUCAACGUCCCAAUGAGUCACAUCACAGAAGAGGAAGGAAUCAGUAAAGACGACUCUAGUGAACACAUCAGCUCCCUCACAGCAGACCCGAACUCCGACUCGGUCCGUCUGAUCGAGGAGAGUCCUACGGAAGCCCUGAAGGACCAGUUCAGCUCUCUGUCCGGCCUCAGCUCUCGCUUCGUCAGCUACAUCAGGGGUCGGACGGCAGCGGACUUCGACGAGCCUCUGAGGAUAGAAGAAGACGCACACUGGCCCACAGAACAAACGUCAAAGGUCACGAGGGGCACUGAGCUACACAUCGACAUCAUCAACCAGCUGAAGGAGGCUGUGGAGCUGCUGCAGGACCCCAGCAGAGUGAACGCGGAUCAGGACGACCUUUCCGGUGUCCAGCUUUACCCCGUGGAGAUGGUCACAGUGGAAGAGUCACUCAAUGGGCAGGACAGUGAUGACGGUUCUUCCACGCCAAAGCGGGAUAACAGAUCUCCAGUCAGCGGGCCGCCGUCGUUCUCCGGGCCGCCGUUUGGACUGAAGCCACGUUCAGCCCCGCCCUCACUGCCCUGCUCGCCCCCUCCUUCCUGUCUCAACCCCUCCCUCCUCUCACAGGCGUCGCCCCUGUAUAGAGAAACGCCUCGUAGCCAUGACGACGGAGGCUCGCACGGCCGCGUUUUCCUUCGAAGCCACAAGAGUCUGGAGUCGGUGGAUCCUCAGUUCACCAUGAGGAGGAAGAUGGAGCAGCUCCGAGAGGAACUGGAGCUGAUGGAGCAGCUGCGAGAUAGCAUUGAAAGCAGACUGAAGGUGGUUCUUCCUGAAGACCUGGGCUCGUCUCUGAUGGACGGCGUCGUACUCUGCCAUCUGGCGAACCACAUCCGCCCACGCUCCGUCGCCAGCAUCCACGUCCCCUCACCUGCAGUGCCCAAACUCAGCAUGGCCAAGUGUCGGAGAAAUGUGGAGAACUUCCUGGACGCCUGCCGGAAGAUCGGUGUUCCGGAGGACAAACUGUGUCUUCCUCACCACAUCCUGGAGGAGAAAGGCCUGGUGAAGGUGAGCAUCACGGUCCAGGCUCUGGUGGACGAGGCCUCGUGCACGUGAGCGUCGGCCCGAGCGUCGCCAACGGACGGACGGACGCCGGCCUCAUUCUGCAUCCUCCACCUCCACAGCAGUGUUCCUUUUAUUCUGACGGAUGCGUAACGGUGUUAAGGCAACUAAAGCCGCCAGAAGUGAGUUUGAUACUAAUUCACUGGGGAUCAUCAGGGUGGUGUGAUACCCAGCACAUGGACUCAGAGUAGCAGCACAUGACUGAUUUAUCACAGGGAGGGGUGGUCGGAGGUGGUGAAAAUGAGCCUCCGACCACUAAUUCUGCAGGAAAACGCAAGAAUAAAAUGGCUUCUUUAGAUAAUUCAUAAACCUGAACAUGGGAGGAUUAGAAAAUGAAGAAAAAAAGCCCAAAUUUUAAGGCAAAGUCAAAUCAUGAGGGAAGAAUUAACUUUUAACUGUACAUUUUUUAUCCUGAAAAGAGAAGAAAAAAAGCCAUAUGACAGUGAAAAUUAAAAUACAGAAUUAUAUAAUGACUUUAUUUUUUGCAAAAGUUAUAGUGAACUCCCAUCAGAUUCUCCUCUUUUUUUGUGUUUUAUGCUAAAUAUUCCAACUUUUAUUGAAAUCUGUUGAUGUACUGUACAAAACCAGCUGCAGGGACUGGGAUUCACAUCCGAUUUAUCAGUGAAAUGAGUUGUUUUUUUUUUUUUUUGUUUUAACUCUGAACAUUUAACAGUAAAUACUCACCUCCAUAUCCUGCAGACUAUGCACAGUCCGACUCCAGAACAAACCAGACAAUGAUGAACAGGUGAUUUAUUUCCAGGUGAGGUGUUACUGAUCCGUGUGAAUAUUCCCUGAACACAUGAAACCAAAAUACUCUAUAGUGUUAAAUAGAGGGACAUGACUUUAACUACACUUUGUAUUUAAACAUUAAGAUAUUUAUGCUGAGAUGUGUUUGGACUGUUGUACACAUUCAAGAGAAAUAGUCCCCAAAUAUUUUUCUCUAAUAUAUUUUAGGUAAAUGUGUUUUAUAAUGUCAGUGGAGUUCUUUGCAUGUCCCUGAACCAGAUGGACCGGACACUGACGGGACACUAAACUGUUUUCGCGGAGCCUCAUUGUCGUGAUUUCCCCAUCCACAAUCUUCCGAAUGGCAGCGUUCGUCAUCUGCGGAAGAAAAAUGGGUGCGGUCGCAGUUGAAUAAUGUGCCAAAAGGUGUAAAUAUGACGGAAAAAGUCUAAAAAACAUGAAACACUUAGUCACGUAAAAAGGCUUUUUAACGAGCACCUGAAACUGUAUGAGCAUCGUUUGCACCGACAAAGCAUCCUGACUUUAUACGAAGUAGAAAAGAUGAAUCUGGAGGUCUGGAUUUGUUCUGAAGAUGUACACAGCCCGGCCAAAAAAACCAAAAAAA